CCUGUGCCCACUUCUCCUGACCCCUCGGCCACCACCCCAGAAGGCUGGAGCAGGGACGCCGUCACUCCGGCCGCCUGCUCCCCUUGGGUCCCCGUGCGAGCCCACGCCGGCCCCGGCGCCCACCCGCGGCCCUGCCUCUGGACACUGGAUAAGGCCCAGCGCACAGUCUCCGGGGUGGACAGCAUGCACCGCAGCGCGCUCUCGCUGGCUGUUGUCCUGCUACUGGCCAUCUGCGACCUCGGCCGGACAAGUCUUGCAGAAAAAGUCCAUUGUGAUCUACAGCCUGUGGACCCCAAAAGGGGUGAGGUGACAUAUGCCACCAGCCAUGUCCCAAAGGGCUGCGUGGCUCAGGUUCCCAAUGCUGUCCUUGAAGUCCAUAUCCUCUUCCUGGAAUUCUCAAACGAGGUGGCACAGCUCGAGCUAACUCUCCAGGCAUCCAAGCGCAAUGGCAGCCAGCAUCGAGAGGUGUUUCUGGUUCUCGUCGUGAACAAGAGUACCUUACUACAGCUCCAGGCACCAGGAAUCCCACUGCACUUGGCCUACAAUCCCAGCCUGGUCAUCUUCAAAGAGCCUUCAGGAGUCAACUUCACACAACUGCCGCCCUUCUCUGUCAACAACCAGAUCCUUGAAUGGGCAGCUGCAAAGGGUCCCAUCUCCUCUAUCGCAACACUAGAGGACCCCAGCCACAUCCUCCUCCGGCUGGGCCAAGAUGAAGAAACAGAGCUUCCAGACCUUUCACAAGGGCAGCCAGCAGCCCAGAAGCUACCACACUUCUGUCUGCCUGAAGACCAUCAGGACAUGGGCCGCACACUCGAAUGGCAGCCACGGGUCCCUGUUUCCAUCCUGGGCUGCCGCCUGGAUGGUGUGACUGGCCACAAAGAGGCACAUAUCCUAAGGAUCCUGCCUGGUCCCAAGGCCGAGCCUCGGACAGUGACGGUAAAGGUGGACCUCAACUGCACAUCUAGAGACCCUGAUGCCAUCCUCAUCCUGCAGGGUCCCCCCUACGUGUCCUGGCUUAUCGAUGCCAACCACAACAUGCAGAUCUUGACCACUGGUGAAUACUCCUUCAAGAUCUUCUCGAAGAAGAACAUCCAUGGCUUUGAGCUCCCAGACACACCCCAAGGCCUGGUGGGACAGGCCCGGAAACUCAAUGCCAGCCUUGUGGCCUCCUUUGUGGAGCUCCCGCUGGCCAGUGCUGUCUCUCUGCGGGCUCCCAGCUGUAGUGGUGAACCACAGACCUCCCCUGCACCGGUCCUGACCACCCCGCCAAACAGAUGUGACCCUGACCUGCUUCUGUCCCUGAUUCGGCCAAAAUGUACCAGUGGUGUCAUGACUCUGGCACUUAGGAAAGACCACCUGCAGACCAUGCAGUGCACCAUCAUGAGCUUGACCUUCUGGGACCCUCGCUGCCAGGCUGAGGACAGCAGUGAUCACUUUGUCUUGAGCAGCACCUACUCCCUCUGUGGCAUGAAGGUGACAGAACAUAUGGUCAGCAAUGAGGUGUUCCUCAAUUUCCUGUCGGUCACAGGCUCAUCAUCACUGCAGAAAAAAGUGUACUGCCUUGACGUGGACAGCCUCUCCUUUCAGAUGGACCUCUACCUCAGCCCCAAAUUUCACCAGACCUCCAGCACCAUUGAACUGGGCCAGCAGGGUUUUGUGCAGGUGAGCAUGCUUCCAGUGGUCCCUGAGACUGUGCUCCAGCUACUCAGCUGCUAUCUGGAUUUGGGAUCAGAGGCGGACAAAGUGGAACUCAUCCAGGACCAGGCCGCCAAAGGCAGCUGUGUGAACCUGCUGUCCCCAAGCCCCAGUGGUCACCCACGCUUCAGCUUCCUCCUCCGUGUCUACAUGGUGCCCACUCCCAUGGCUGCCACCCUCACUUGCAACAUAGCCAUACAUCCUGGGGCCAUGUUGAAGGAUGCCUACGAGCCCGUCUUCAAGCUUGUCUCCAGGCGCCUGAACGUCGUCAGCCCUGACUCGUCUGGUAACCACCUGGUCCUGUCCACUGUGCUGGGCAUCACCUUUGGCGCCUUCCUCAUUGGGGCUCUGCUCACUGCGGCCCUCUGGUACAUCUACUCGCACACACGUUCCCCCAGCAAGCGGGAGCCCGUGGUGGCGGUGGCUGCCCCGGCCUCCUCUGAGAGCAGCAGCACCAACCACAGCAUUGGGAGCACCCAGAGCACCCCCUGCUCCACCAGCAGCAUGGCGUAGCACCCGCCCUGGAGCCCCGGGGGCCUCCCAGCCAGCCCUGGCCUUGGCGGAGAGCCCGAGCAGCCACCAGCUGGGAACCACUGGCCAUGAACUCGCCCCAGGACCCCAGUGCCUCCACUCACCCGACCAUGGAGAGUGCCCUCUGCAUCUGCCCCUCCCACCCGCCUCUCAGAGGCCUGCUACCAGCGGGGACAUCAGCCUGGAACAUCAUGGGGUCCCCCCACCCUGUUCUACAGAGCCUUCCGCUCCAGGGUCUCUGGGAUGUGACUGCCCGGGCAUACAGCCAGAAAGGCCGCUGCCCUGAAGUCCCUGCAUUUUAACCUGGAUUCUGCACCAGUGAACAGCACGGGCCAAGCAGAGCCAGCCCAGCUCCAGGCUGGCUGAGAGUCCUCCUCCGCGGGAACAGAAGAGGGUCUGCAAAGCCACCUGUAUCUGGUCCCUGUGACCCCCACUCUUGGACUAACACAACUUUGGUGGGGGAAACAGAAGCUGAGGGCUACUCUGCUCUGGAGCCCAGAGGCUGGCCACAACAGUGGAGCAGGGAGAGCCCAACUCCUCCCAGAGCCCCUCCCAGCCCCAUGGGCAGCAGCAGGUGGCUGAUGGCCAGGUGCUGGUCUUGGGCCCACCCUUGUAUAUUCACCACCAAUAAAUCCGACAUAAAACCA